AUGGAAUUGGUUAUGGAAAUUGAACAAAUAAGAAGAAAAAAUGCAAGGGCCAAAAGGAUUAAAUGGUUUAAGCUGAAAGAGAUUGAACUUUGUAGGCAGUUUAAAGAGAAAGUUUUAGUGGAACUAACACAUGAAAUUGAAGAUGUUGAUGAAUGGUGGAACAGAACGAUGGAAAUAAUACUGAGGGUUGCUAGAGAAAUACUGGGUAAGAGUAGUGGCAAGAUGUUCGAAAAUAAGGAAACGUGGUUGUUCAAUGAAGAAGUGAAAGAUGCAACAAAGCAAAAGAGAGAAGCGAAGAAAAAGUGGGAGGGGACCCAAAUGGAAGAAGACUGGAUGGUCUAUAAGGAGGCAAAUAAAUUGGCAAAGAAAACUAGCAGUUGCUAA